AUGGCUUCCGUCACCCGUUCCUCGCGGCGCGCUGAAGCUCCGCACCAGCAUCACCCACAUCACCACCUGACGCCCCCAGCAGGAGUAUUCGCACAUGCCCAGGGCGGAGGAGGAGGGCGCAACAAGAGGGCACUCGACACCCACGAUCGCGAUUUCGAUGCGAUCAAACCGAAAAGAACGCGAUUAACAGUCGAGAUCUUCGCAAAGGGUACUCACGGACUCCGUGAUGCCGAUAUCGACAACAACAAAGCGGCACCACCCACGCGCAAACCUGCUGCGACGCCUACAGUGGCGACUACGACACCAAUACCCCCUCCUCCUACGACCGACAGCGCGACAUCGAAGCCGAAGCAGGAGCAGGCUCUUACAAAACACCAGAGCAAAGUUAUCAAUGGAAUCAAACAUGAACUCGAUCGGUUGCAGCCUCAACCGAGCGAUACUAAUACCCAGGAGCAAGGCCGCAAGCUGCGCUCUCAAGAAGCUACGAGGUUCAAAAGCGAACUCUCUGCCUAUUUUCCUGAAUACGAUGAGGUGAUUGGGAAUGAGCCCAAGGAGCAGCAAUUAUUCAAUGUUGACACGCCCAUCGUAAUCGUCGAUUCCGAUCCCCGACGCGCGAUCCCACAAACUCACCACCCCGCAAUUGAAUAUCCUGUACGAGGAUACGGCGAUGCCCUCUUCUACAAUGUAUUCGAUUGUCAGCAAGUCGAUCUAGGUUUUCUAGAAUCGCAGUCGAAGAACAAGACCAUUGAAGAUCCUUUACCAGAUAAACUAUUUCAGCCAAUACAUCGUCGCGCUGAGCGGCUGGAGAGAUCAAUACGUAACACCGAGAAAGGCAGAGCACAGCACGAAAGGGACCAAAUUAUCCGACUUCUUGAAGGACUCCAAGGCCAUGACUGGUUAAGAGUUAUGGGCGUGAGUGGUGUAACAGAGACAAAGAAGAAGACAUUUGAGCCUGCUCGUAACCAUUUCAUCAAAGGAUGCCAGGCUAUCCUUGACAAGUUUCGAAAUUGGGUGUUGGAAGAGAAGAGACGGAAGAUGGAGAAAGACAAGGCCCGGGCUGAGAAGGAAGAAGAAGAAAACUCAUCAAGUGUCGAAGAAGACGAAGCCGGCGAUGAUAGCGAAAAUGGUGAUGCAAGCGACUCGGAAUCACCAGCAAAGCAAUUGCAAGAGGAAGCCAUGGCAAGAUCCAAGAAUGCCAAAGGCUCAAAGAAUCGAAAGUCGACUCCUCAACCAGCUGUAGCCAAAAUCCCGCGUCCUGCAAAAACAGCACCAGCUCCAAAACCGCCAGAACCACCCAAGGAGUUCAAGUCAUUCUUCAGCAAGAGAUAUGAGCGUGACAGCGCUCUGCAUCGACAUAGGCGCGCAGGGAGGAAGAUUAUGGCAUGGGGUCUACCCAUGCCUGAGAUACCCGAGGUUGAUUUUGAUUUGCCGGAGGAAUACCGUGGUGAAGAUACCCUCAAGGCUCGCGCGAGGCAGCAGCGCCGGGAGCGAAGACGCAGCAAGCAGUGA